AUGAUAAAUAAUUUAUUUUUAAUUUUCGAUCCGUCAACAUCCUUAAAUUUUAGGUUUAAUUGGUUAGUCAUAUUUUCAUGAAUUUUUAUUAUUCCUUACUUUUACUGAUCCUGUUCUUCAUUAUUUUCAAUUUCCUGAAAAAAACUGCUGAAAAAUUUUUUUCAGGAAAUUGAAAAUAAUUUAAAAUCUCACAAAACAAAAAAUAGUUUAAUUGUUACUUCUAUUUUUUUAUUUAUUUUGAUAAACAAUAUUUUAGGUCUUUUCCCUUAUAUUUUUACUGCUUCAAGCCAUAUAAUUUUUACUAUAUUUUUUGCAUUUCCAUUAUGAAUUAGAAUAAUUAUUUAUUUAGUUUUAAAUAAAACUAAUAUAAUAAUAUCACCCCUUGUUCCUUGGGGAUCACCUAUUUUCUUAAGAUUUUUUAUGGUUUUUAUUGAAACUGUAAGAAAUUUAAUUCGCCCUAUUACUUUAUCUGUUCGUCUAAUAGCAAAUAUAAUUAGAGGCCAUUUAUUAAUCCAUCUUCUUUCAUCUAUUUCUUUAUUAGGGGAAACAUUUUUAAUUAUAUCAAUUCCAUUGAUAAUGAUUUUAAUUUUACUAGAAACUGCUGUUGCAUUUAUUCAAAGAUUUGUUUUUGCAAUUCUAAUUUCAUUAUACAUUAAUGAAACUUAA